UUGUCCAACACGUGAUUAAUUCAGUAUGGCGGAGCUGUGGGCUGAAUGAUUUUUACAGUGCCGAGGGGUCCUAAAACCCUGCUGUGUGGAUAGUCUACGUCUGAAGACAGGGAGACAACCAGCCACUUGCACCCAGGGGUGCCCAAUUCAGCCUGACUGUUUGGUGGAAGGAAUCCUGCCACAACACACCACUGAGGUCUCCAGCUGUGACUCGGUGUGAUGAAACCUUAAGAAACAGCUACCCUCUGUCCCUCCUUCGCCUGGCACCUCCACCUGGCAGCACCAGCGUGGCUGAGAAGCACAUGGUGGUCACUACAGUCACCACGGAGGUGCACUGACACCCUCAGAGCUCACCUCUCCUCCCCUGUCAAGUCUGCCCGGCAACAGCAACCAUAACAAUGAGCUCUCACAGUCGGUCAGUGGACGUGAGCACUGCAGCACUGCCCAUGCAGGCGCCCACCACCACCACAGCCAUCCUUCCCAUGGACCUGCGUGUAGUGGACCACCACCACCACCACCAGCAGCCUUCCUUCGGCCUGGUUCCCCAACCACACCCUAGACCGCCCACCUCCACAGCUUGUCCCGCGUCCUCUGAGCCAGGCCGUGGGCCAGUCAUCAACCACCAGGAGCAGCAGCUGCAGCAGGAGCUGGUCGUUCUCAAACACAAGCAGCAGUUUCAGAGACAGCAACUGAUCGCUGAGUUCCAGAGGCAGCAUGAACAGCUGUCCCGACAACAUGAAGUCCAGCUGCAGGAACAUAUCAAGUCUUGCCUCUCUCUCCACCAGCACCAACAGGAUUUACUGGCGCUCAAGCACCAACAGGAGCUUUUGGAGCACCAGAGGAAGAUGGAGCAGCAGCGUCAUGAGCAGGAGCUUGAGAAGCAGCAGCGGGAAUACAAACUCCAGCAGCUCAAAAACAAGGACAGGGGACAGGAGAGUGCAAUUGCCAGUACGGAGGUUAAGAUGCGACUGCAGGAGUUUGUCCUGAACAAGAAGAAAGCCCUGGCUCAGCGAAACCUAAAUCACUGUCUGCCCAGCGACCCGCGCUUUUGGUAUGGAAAAACCCAGCACAGCUCUCUGGACCAGAGCUCUCCACCCCAAACAGCAUUGUCAGCGUACAACCACCCAAUGCUGGGCACAUACGACUCAAAAGAUGACUUCCCUCUCCGUAAAACAGCCUCUGAGCCCAACUUGAAGCUUCGUUCCCGGCUAAAACAGAAAGUGACUGAGCGCCGCAGCAGCCCUCUGCUUCGAAGGAAAGAUGGUCCCAUCAAUACGGCCAAGAAGCGUUCCCUAGACGUGGCAGAGUCUGUAUGCAACAGUGCACCAGGCUCAGGUCCCAGCUCCCCCAACAACAGUUCCAGUAACAUCCCCAGUGAGAACGGGGUCACCAUCUCCAGCAGCCCAGGAGAGGCCUCCUUGCUUCAAAGGUUGGCUGCAAGGGAAGGGUCAGUCAGCCAGCUCUCUCUCUACACCUCUCCUUCACUGCCCAACAUCACCCUGGGACUACCAGCCACAUGCCCUGCUAGCACUGUGGUAUCAGGACACCAAGAUAGUGAGAGUCGUCUGGUAUUGCCUGCGUUACAGCAGGGCAUUCCUUUGACCCCUCCGUUCUUGCCCACUGCCCACCUGCCCUCCUACUUGGCAGCUUCAGCUCUGGACAGGGAGGGGGCUGGAGGGGGCACGGCUGGUCACAACCCCCUUCUCCAACAUAUGGUACUGCUGGAGCAGAGCCACAAUCCAAUUGUUGGUCUGGGUGGCCUCCCACUACCAUCACCCUCUGUCUCCAAACUUGCGCGAGGCCAUCGUCCCUUGGGAAGAACCCAGUCAGCCCCUCUGCCCCAGCAACAAUGUGGACAAGCCCAGGCCCUGCAGCAGCUGGUGGUCCAGCAGCAGCACCAGCAAUUCCUGGAAAAACACAAACAACAGUUCCAACAGCAGCAGCACAUCAUCAACAAGAUCAUGUCCAAGCCCAGUGAUCAGGUCUCGGCUGCGAGCUCCAGCGCCUCGGGGCCGGCCAGGCAGCACCAGAGUCACCCAGAGGAGACAGAAGAGGAACUCAGGGAGCACCAGGGUCUCGCAUCCUCAUCCUCCUCUUCCUCCUCUACGUCUGUGCAGGAGACGGGGCCUCUGCGAGGGCUGGUCAUCAAGCAGGAGCCCGCGGACCCCCAAGAGCAGGACGAGAGGGAGAGACAGGUGGAGCAGGACUUCCUGUUCCGACAGCAGGCCCUGCUGUUAGAGCAGCAGCGGAUCCACCAGUUGAGGAACUACCAAGCCUCCAUGGAAGCAGCUGGAUUAUCAGUCAGUUUUGCUGGACACCGCCCGCUCUCCAGGGCUCAGUCAUCUCCAGCCUCCGCCUCCUUCCCCAUGGUAGUACAGGAGCCGCCUGCCAAACCUCGAUUUACCACAGGGCUGGUGUAUGACUCUUUGAUGCAGAAGCACCAGUGUAUGUGUGGUAACACCACCAUUCAUCCGGAGCAUGCCGGCCGGAUCCAGAGCAUCUGGUCCCGCCUACAGGAAACAGGUCUCAGGGCGCACUGUGAGUGUAUCCGUGGCAGGAAGGCCUCACUGGAGGAGUUACAGACGGUCCACUCUGAAGCCCACGUCCUGCUGUACGGAACCAACCCACUGCGGCAGAAACUAGACUGUUCAGUGAGUCCCAUGUUUGUGAGGUUACCAUGCGGAGGCAUAGGGGUGGACAGCGACACCAUUUGGAACGAGGUCCAUUCAUCCAGCGCAGCCCGUCUGGCCGUCGGCUCAGUGGUGGAGCUGGUCUUCAAAGUAUCAUCGGGAGAACUGAAGAAUGGUUUUGCUGUAGUUCGACCACCUGGACACCACGCUGAGGAGAGUACACCUAUGGGGUUCUGUUACUUCAACUCAGUGGCGAUUGCAGCCAAGCUCCUGCAGCAGAGGCUCAAUGUCAGUAAAAUACUUAUCGUGGACUGGGAUGUUCACCACGGCAAUGGCACCCAGCAGGCCUUCUACACAGACCCCAGUGUUCUCUACCUGUCACUGCAUCGCUACGAUGACGGGAACUUCUUCCCUGGCAGUGGAGCACCUGACGAGGUGGGCAGUGGAGCAGGUGUAGGCUUCAAUGUGAACAUGGCGUUCACUGGAGGACUGGAACCUCCCAUGGGUGAUGCAGAGUACCUGGCUGCGUUUAGGACGGUGGUUAUGCCUAUUGCCAAUGAGUUUGCCCCAGACGUGGUUCUGGUAUCUUCAGGCUUUGAUGCGGUAGACGGACAUGCUCCACCCCUGGGAGGAUACAAGUUGACAGCCAAAUGCUUUGGUUACCUGACCAGGCAGCUGAUGGUUCUGGCAGGCGGUCGGUUGGUGCUUGCCCUGGAGGGGGGUCAUGACCUCACAGCCAUAUGUGAUGCCUCUGAAGCCUGCGUCUCUGCUCUGCUUGGCAAUGAGUUGGACCCCAUUCCUGACGAGGUCCUGCAGCAGAGACCGAAUGCCAAUGCUGUCCACUCUAUGGAGAAAGUUCUUGAAACUCACAGUAAAUACUGGCGCUCACUGCAACGCUCCGUCUCCACGCUCGGUUGCUCGUUGAGUGAAGCACUUCGGCGUGACGCAGAGGAAGCUGAGACUGUCUCCGCUAUGGCCUCGUUGUCUGUUGCCAACAAGCACAUUGGAAAAAGGGCUGAAGAGGAACCAAUGGAAGAGGAAGCUCCUUUGUAAAAAAAAUCAACCCUAACCUUUGACCUCUCAAACCAGACUUCAUCCUGUCAGUGUCAAUUUGAAUGCUACUCCUAUAUCUCACCCCUGCCAUAUCAAGCUGGUAUCUUACUGUGGGAGAGAACAAGCAGAGCUGACAAAAGUGGCGCUCAACGGAAAACGGAACACUGAAGAUGAGCGAUGCGUUCACUGAUCAGCAGUGCACAGACUGAUCAGCAUACAUGCGUUGCAUUGUCUCCUCAAGACCUUGGAUAUAAGAGAAUAGGCUCAACCAACCCACAGUGACAGCCUCGAGUGCCAGUGCUUUUAAAACACUAGACAAGAUGACAGGAUGUUCUUUUUGAAUGCCAGUCGGACCCAUACACAAGACAAUCUGUAGUCACCUACUUUUCUUAUUGUUCCGUGCUUUAUCUUCAUUUUCUCAAUUUCAUCGAAAACCACCAGAGCUAAUGUGAUUGUGAAUAUGGAUGAAUCAUUCCUGCUCUUUUACGACAUCCAGAUGAAUGGAACAAAGUGGUUGAAAUUCUGGCCGUUUUCAAAUUUGGUAGGAGGUGAGAAAACGUUCUGUGCCUUUUUUUAUUUUCUUUUUCUUUUAACUUUUCUUUUAAACUCUACUGAAAGAGCUUUGCCUUAAAAAAAUAACUUUGGAAACAAGGCGUCUUCUCCUCAACCCCUUAAGCAUUUCUAUCCUGGCAAGACAUCCAAUGCCUGCAUGUCUUUGGCACAUAGACUGGUGGACCUUGGCAUGAUUACCUAUAAUUCUCUGCAAGUAGCCUACUGUCUCGCCCCCCUCAUUUUUAUUAAUUUCAGUUUAAAAGGUAGUUCCCAGCUGCAAGUUGGAGGAGGUUCAGUUUAAAAGGAAGUAAAAGGUGUGAUUAGUAUUACGCAGCAUAACCAUGGAUCAGAUAACGUUCAGUAGCCACAAGGCUGGGAGAGGUGGCAACGGACCUGAUCAUGUAGGCGUCGGCUCUCCUCAGGAGAAGAGCUAAGUAGCAUGCACUGUACUAGAACAAGAAGAACCCUAUUCAUACUGUAUUUAGUAGUUACGAUAACGAAGCCAAAGCAUGAUGGACUUUAAUCUCUGUAACCGCUUCGUUUUUCACAUUAGAAUGAGUCUCACAUUGUGCAAAGUAGUGAGUGAUAGAGAGAAAUGAAAAUCAUAUGUGCCAAUUUGUUGAGCCAGCCCUCUCUUUAAGACAGCUGUGUCUCUGUGGUAACAAUGAUCAUACCACCUGGGAUUUUCCAGAGGGGUGUUCCUGGGCCGCACAGGCUCCCACAGCUGGUUUGACAUCUUUAGCUCCUUGUUAAGCACAUCUGCUGCCCAAAUGUCAGGUGCUGCGAGGCAGGUGUGUGUACAUGUGUUCAUAGACAGUGAAGCAUAAGCUGCUCUUCAUAAAUAUUCAACUGUAUACACAUAUGUUUUAUAGUUGUUCAGCUCAGAUUCUGCUCUGGAUUCUGAAUCCUCCUGCAAGGUUUGGUUUCAGAAACAUUUCUUCAAAUCUACCUUACGAUUACGUUUGAAUCAGUUAUAAAUAUCUUAAUAUUUAAGAUUGGUUAGUUUGAUUAUGAAUUUGGGUUCUUAGUCUGCAACCAGAGCCCAACCCUUGUAGCCAUACUAUAUACCAGCCAUAAGCCUAGUUGUUGUCUGUGUUGGUAGGUUUAACACCAUAACCACAAUUUUCUUUUCCAUUAAAAUUAACAUUUCUGAUAAAACAGUCACAGUGUGCGGACGUUUACUUCCUGUCUGUAACCAUCCUUCCAGCUUGUGUUUGGCUCCUGGGCAACUACCUUCUCUCACAUUUGUUUCAUCUACAAACUAAUCACAUUUAAUGCAUUUUUUUUAGUGAACAGGAAGCAGAGUGCUGUGGUGUUUACUGUUGUUUACUGUACAUAGGACAUAUAUUUCCUGAGUAUUCCUGCCACACACAUUUGUCAAUGACUACUUUUCCCUCUCGUCCGUGUUUUUUUUCUGGACUUUUGUACUUUUUAAUGUGUUCACUUCCCUUCUCCCUCUAUCUCUCUGUUACAUUGUAAAGCUGACAUACUUCACAACAGGUGAGGGUUCAGAUGUUGUUUUUAGUGGACAUUACAUGUUUUCUGGGUUCAUGGUUUUUGUGGGAGGGUUGUAUAACUUUGUAUAAUGAUGCACAAUUGUGUAUUUACUGUCUGUUCAUAGUAGAUUUAUAUAUGAAGAGAAAUAAGUAUAUUAUAUACAUACAUAUAUAUAUCUAUACAUAAUGAAAUACUAUGAUCUUGUUUUUGAAGUUGAAAAAUUAUACUUUUCAUGGGUCUUACAUACAGUCUGCCCUUUUCAGGGUGUUACUGAAAGCCACAUUUACUGUCCUACUGUUACAGUUGGUUACGUGUUGAGUAGCAUUUUACUGGGUGUCUCUUUCUCCUUCAACACUGACUAGUUUUUGGCUUUAUUCAUCCCAUUGGUACCAUAACACUGUUACGCUAGAUGUGCCAUUGCCAUCUGCUCAGCCUUAUUUAUGCACAUAUUUGUACUAUUCCACACCUUUUUUUUUUAGUCAAUGUGUGUAGAUAGUUGGCUGGGCACCGUUUGAAUAUUUUAAGAAAUGUGAGACUGAAAUUCAAAAUGUGGAUUCUACACAUUUAAAAAAUGCCCAAAGUGGUGAUCUGUUCCUUCCUCUUUCUUAAAGAUUUCCAAGUUCACCGUCUUAACACAAGAAAAAGAAACAAGAGAAAUGGAAUGGGUGGAUUUGAAUUGGAACAUGGCCAUGCUAUUCCCCUACAUUAAAUCAAUUUCAUGUGGUCAUCAUAUGCAAGACUGUCCUAUAUCCAAAAGAUCACGGGUGAAGAACCAAAACUCUAUUCCUAGCUUCUCCUGUACCAGAAGAAUUAAUAUAUGUCUUACAGGAACAUAUAUAGCAAAAGAAAUCUGAUUAUAUUGUAAUAUGCCGAUUGACAUUUUCUAAAAUCUCAAUCAGACAUUCAAUUUUUUUCCAUUUUGACUGAAUGUAUCUGGGCUCUACUGGCAGAGUGGGGCUGCAUCGCCCUGCCGACGCACCUCUAACGUCACACGUCUCUAAAUCACCUCCAUGGUUUCUGCAGAUGGGCCAGAGAGUCCAAAGUCAAGACUGUUUCAUGCUCGUGUCAUCGACUACUUUGUAAAUUUACCAGAACAAAGGAAAAUGUGUGGAGGUGAAGCAGUGCUUGCAGUAACUUGCAUGACAUGAAGCAGGUUUUACACUAGUACAGAAGAGAUAACUGAGGUUUAAGCAUUUGUUUGAAUCACAUUUUUUACCGUAUUUUAUAUGGUUUAAACUCAUAGAUGUGCAAGAUGUGUGAUUUUUCUGUACAUUCCAUUUAUAUCAUUAUAUGGUAAAAGAUUUGUUUUCCAGGACUGUAUUCACAUGAUCGUGGUACUUCUUCCACAUGGAGGUGUUUGUGGUUGGAAAAUGAAAACGCAUGUAGUCAGGUUAUCCUGAAUAUCAUCUUAACUUGGAUACGCAGACACCUCUGUGCAUGUAAACACACUUGAUGAGAUGCUUUUCAGCAACCCAGCCUAGAACAUUCCCAGAACCUUUUCCUAACAGUGCCAGUCACAGGGUUUGUACUGCUGAAUGCUUUGGUUUCUCAAAAGGAGCCAAAACUAGCACUGUCUGGCUGUUCUGACCGCCUUCACUGUCUUAAUACAACGUCCAAUGAUGAAAAA